AGCACAUCUAGUACAAGCCAUGGAUCUGAUUAUCAGACAGCACCUCUCUACAGCGGAAAAUCAGCAAGAUACUGCUGCUUUGCUGAAGGCUUAUAAAUUAAUUAAAGCUGCUAACUCAGACAGAUUACCAGGAGAUGGUCUGGAAAACUUCAGCCCAGAUUUGUAUGUCUUAUGUGCUGAACAAGCCCUCCAAUUUGAAAAUCAUGUUGUAAGUACAGACUGUCUUCAUAUGUAUUUCAAGUGCCAACCUCCUCAAAACCAGUUCUAUGGAAGGGCUUACUUGUGCAAAGGACAAUUGCAUGCCCCGAAAUCCUCAAAUGUGGAAGACCUGGACAAGUCAGUGGCCUAUUAUCUUAAAGCAAUCUAUUUUGCAAAACAGCAACAGAGAUAUUACUUUUUGGUCUACAAUGCUUCAGUCUUAUAUUGGCAAAUGGUACGGCCUUUUCUAAAAACAGGGAGCCGCCACUUACUUAUUUCCAGCCUUACCGUUGUUUUGAAAGCGUUAGAAGAAAUUAACGAACGUGACGCAGACUGGCGAGCAGAGCUCAUGGUGGAAUUACUUGAGUGCAUGCUGGAGGCCGAAAAAAACAAAGAAGCUGCCGAUUAUGCACCAGUAGUCGCCGAAUACAUCAAAGCGAAUGUUCCUCACAAAUACCCCCACCUUUUCUCUAAAAUGGUACAUCACAAAUUAAUUGAUUCUGCUAAAGCAGUGAAGGAAACAAAGAUCUCAGUGACUUUGUCAUUCAUCCAGAAAUUCCAGAAGCUGAGAUCGCAACUGGACAGUGGAUUAACCGCAAAAGAAAUUCACGUAAACCUGAAUGACGCAUAUAAACUGAUGUCAACUUUUGAAGAGGAAGCCUCCUCACCUUUACAGGUGUCAGAAAAAAUCGAUUUAUUGAUUGAGCUUGCCCGUCUAUCAAUAGACCUGAAGUGCGGUCAGAUUGCUGCUUCUUGCCUAGAGGAUUUGAAGAGCACAGAAAUAACAGAUCCGCAAACUUUUCUAAUCCUCGAAUGUCUUCAUAGUGAGCUGGAAGUGCUCAAUCUUGGCACUAGAAUUGCCUUGUACACAAAAAGCGCAGUGGAGUCUCAACUAAAAGUCAUACAGAAGCUUGACUCAACAUUACAGAAUGCAAUUCGUCUAGCAGACCCCAACAUUAUACAGACUGUGUGCACAACUCAGUGGAAUCUUUGCCUGCCAUUGCUCCAACGUAAUCUACGCAGGAACUUGCGAAAACCCUUAAUAGCCAUUUCACAGUCACUGAAAAAAAUUGACAGCUUGCUAUUUGAGCUGCGCUGUCAAAUUCACUUAGAAAUUGCUCAUAUUGAAGAAGAUGAGGAUCGGAUUGAAGCUGCAAUAGAGCACAUCCAAAAUGCAUUGCUAUUAAAUGACAAUGGACAGUACCAGAACUACCUAAAGGCAUUCCUCCAUCGCCUUCAGCUCAGAGCCACGCUAUACCAAAAACCCGAGAGAUUGGAGGAUCAGGCCACUAUGAUUAUUGAGCAGGCUAAACAAUGCAACUCCAAAGACCCUGUGAGGAAAAAGCGCUGCUUACUCGUAAAAGCUGGAAUGUGUUUGGCACCAGAUGUAUUUCAGAUGGUACUUGACAGUGAAAAUGAAGCUAGGGUUGCCACAGGUAAAGGUAACAGAGGCAGCAUAAGUUUCCUGUGUUUAAGAGCAGAGCAUCAUGCAAAAUGUGUCCAGAAGACAGAAGGACAUUUGAGACGAUUGGAAAAUAAGGACGACAGAGAAAGGGUCAGACUCUGGGCAGAGUUGGCAAAGGUAGCGAGAAAACAGGAGGUGUGGGAUGUAUGCAGAGCAGCAUGCAGGUUUUGUCUGCUGUAUGACGAUGGGCGCUGGAAUGUUACAAAAUAUGAUGUGUUGCAAAAGAAGAAAUCCACAGCAAAUAGUGCGGAUGAAGAAAAACCUCUCGGUUUAGAAAUACAAUCGCCAAAACCCAAUAUAAUCACAUAUAGUGACGAAAGAGCCAUAUUACGAACCUUAGCGGAAAUCCGGUUUAUCAAUGCAGAGGCAACUAUACACUUACUGAAAUCAGAAGGUUGCAGGCUGAAUGACCCUUCUAAGGCUCCAGAAGACUCAAGCGUGCAUCCAAUGACAUAUAUUGCUAAAAAUGUAGAGGAGAAUCCAGAAUGGAUCAUUUAUAGGAACUGGAUUUCGAAUCUCUCAAAAUAUGCCACGGACAAUUUCCUGCAAGCUGCUGAGUUGGGAAGGGAGCUGCAGGAAUCUUGGAUUACCCAUAAUGCUGCAGUGUACAUGUUAAACCACAAUAAGCAUCUCCUGGUGGCAGGAAGAGUGUCUGAACUGACAGACACUUUUCAAAAACUGCUUGCAGCACUCAAGGAAACUGGACACCAUGGGAACCCCACUCUGUUUUUAAUGUUGUCUAAUGCUAUAGCUAAGGGUCUGAUUCAUCCCUGGAUUCCUGUGUCAUCAGUUAGUAAGAGUCCAGAGAUAAAUCCGCAAUCAGCGAAGGGAAAAAAACCUCCGAGAAAAGGAUCUGGAAAAUCUCACAUGGGAAAUAUGCCAAUUGAUCCAAAUGGGCUUCCUGAUGUGAAACUUGCCCUAGAGAUUUGCGAUUAUGCUUUGGAUUUGACUAAUGGGAAUAAACCUGAAGAAGUGGUGCCUAUGUCCAUGCGGCAACAGAUUAUCUCCACUUGGGUAAAAGCAAAGCAGUUGCUUCAGCUGCAGAUCGGGCAAAAACUUGGAACUGAUGAUGAGGAAAAUAACGAAGGACAAAAUCCAAUGACAAGGGUACUUGUUGCUGUUGAAAUGCACGCUUGCAAUGGAUUAGGACUGAUGGACUUCACAGUGCCUAGCCUCUCCCAAGUUUUCACAAAGGCUUCAGAAUGUGUCUGGUCAGAUUCUCUUGUCGAACUUCAGACAUUUACCAGAUUGGCUCACUUUGCCUUUAAAGCACGCGACCGUGCGCUAGCUUUGACAUGUACCCAGAAGGCCUUGCCGUUUGACAAGAAGACUAGUCCCAAGAAACCGCAAUCAUGCAGUUCAGCAUUGGAACUGGAAAUGUUGAGUGUUGCUGCGUGUAUCCAGGGUCAAUGUAUAAUGGAUAACUUGGCAGGGAAUAAACAGUCGCGUCUGUCUGCCAUCAGGUCUUUUCAGUUGAGUGCAAGGUACGCAGGUGAUGCUGGCAGCCCUACACUUGCUAUUAAAGCUGCACACCAUUACUGGUAUGCUUGUCUUCCAUUGACAAAAUCCCCUAAAGAGAGGGAACCUCUGAAAGAAGCCACACUUUCUGUUAUCAAGGCUCUCAAUGAAGUGGAGUCCAAUCGCAAAAAGGGGUCAGAAAAUGACAUCACAUACUUACACUUGUGGCCUUCUAUGGAUGUUCAAAGCCAUGCAGAUGAGUCAGACCGUCCCAAAGGCACUGGUCAAGAAUCAGGUCAUUCUAACGAGGAACUCUGUCUUAGAGCCUCGCUCUUUGAACUUUUGUUCAACAUAUAUGCAGAUAAAAAUGACUGGGGGUCUGGCCUUAAAGUGUUGGAUGAAGCUAUCAACGUCUUACCACGCACUAAACAUAGACUCAACAUUUUCAAACACCGCGUAUUGGUAAAGGCAAGACUGGGUCAGAACUUUUUUAUGGAUAUUCAGAAAUUUAAGGAUGAGAGUGAAGACUACGUGGCUUUUAUGUGGCAUCAUGUUACUCUUACAUCCAAGAACACGGCUGAACAAUUAGCUUGCUUUCAGAAUGCCAUAGAUGCCUUGCAGAAGCCAGAGAACCAAUGGCAGAAGGUUGAGUACAUACUGGAGCUGGCCCAGUGGCUUUACUGCAAUCAGUUCCCUGUUACCAAUGGUCUAAUCUUGCUUGAAUGGGCUGUGGAUAUUUUGAUGCAAAUUAAGUUUAAUGGUGAAACGGAAGAAGCAGGUAAGAGCCUUAAAGAGAAAACAAAAACAAGAGCAAAAUAUUCCCUGAAAAAAGGACACAGCGAAGAUUCAACUGUUGCAAAAUCUGAACCAGUUGAGGUCCUUAGCAGCACAUUGGAAGAUUUAACGAAUGUGAGACAGCUGGAGGCUUUAGCACGCGCAUAUACGCUAAUGGCAUUUAUUGGGGGUCACAUUUCUCCGCAACACGAACAACACUGUUUGGUGGCAUACGCUUGCAUUAUGCGUAUUUGGAAGGUGUCAAUGGCAGCAGCUGGAUCUUUUAUUAAAGCCUUGCCCAAAAACCCACCACCAGUUCAAAAUCCACAAUCUGCUUCAUCUCGAAAAGAAAAAAGCAAAAAGGAUGUCCCUGAGAAAAUUGUUAAAGAGAAAUCAAAACGGAAAGGACCCAUUGACGUCUUGCCUUCAAACACGAAGGAAUGGGCAGGCUUUGACUGCCCUGAUGAAAUCAGAGAUGCAUUUAAACUUGAUUUAUCAGGCCAUGUUAUAAACAGAAACGCCAUCCUGAAUCCAACCUACAGUCUUUACUACUUAGACUUGCUAGUAAAGGUGUUACACGGUAUUUCAUUGACACAUCUCACCCUUCCUGUGCUUCAUCUUGCUGAUAUUAUUGCACAUGAUGUGGUUGCAAGUAAAAGUUUGUCCGAUCUGUACCACCUGAGGAUUUCUCUAGUCUGUGCAGACUUAAAAUUGUAUCAAGCAGCUACAUAUCACGAGAAAACAGUUGGGAAUGUGUUCAUUAGUGAACGGGAACAGAUAAGUUGUAGACUGAAAAUUUCACAAAUGAUGGAGGAAAAAGAAGAUGCCAUUCAAUCAGACCUUGGCAACAAAUAUCAGCAUAUCGAUACAAAACCAAAGAUUUUAAGGUUAGAUGAAGAUGAAAAGGAAUUAAGUGGACUGUCCCUUCCUUAUUUGUGGAUCGAGAAAGCUGAGGUUCUGAUGGAGCUUGGCUAUUUGCAACCAGCACGGCUUCUUCUCUCUGAGGCAUAUCAAUCAUUUCAGGCAUUUGGUGAUAAAUACUACCAGUUAAAAUGCCUUUACCUGUUAUCAUUGCUGGCCAACAUUGAAAAGAACUACGGGCAAGCUAAAGUAUUGCUAAUGGAAGAUCAGCAGACAGAAAGAGAUGCAGAGAUUUGGUAUAAAGCCACUCUUAGCAUGACAGAAGCCAUUUUAGGUGAAAAUAAAGAAGGCAGUGAGAAAAGGGCAUGCAUGAUUUUUGAAACUACUAUAUCCACAUUUAAAACCAUGUUACAAAAACAAAGUAAUAGAAAAUCAGAGUAUGGAUUUUUUAUCGCCUCAUUAUACGCCAGAAAAUGUUCCAUUCUUACACAGACUUUCAAAAGUGGGAUAAAUGCGGGGAAAACAUCAUCUCAAACGGUAGCUAUGCUCCUUGAUAUAUGCGAUAAAAUGAGUCAGAUUGAAAUUGAUCUUCUUCAAUGUGGACACAGAGAAUACCAAGCUGAAUUUAUGCUGGAGCAUUCAGAUGUACUCAGAAUUCUUGCAAACCUGGCAGAAGAUGGGGAACGCAAGCACCGUUACUUUCUAGAUGCAUAUGGCAUAGCAGAAAGUGCCGUUCGCAUACUUGAACGAAUACUUUACAAUAUUCAGAAUUUGUUUCCACUGAAUGAGGCAGGGGGUAUAAGUUUGCCAAUUAUGAGAAAACUCGCAAAAGCAAAACUUCAUCUGACAGAACUGUCCUUGGAAAUUAUCCAGCUGCAGUCUGUUGAGGAAAACGUGAAAUUGCAGGAACAAAGAAGAAAAGGACAUCUCUGUGUAGCUGUUGAAGAAUUUGUCAGGGCCACUCCUGAUUAUAACUCCGUAGAACAGGAGUGGACAACAUUAGGACGUACCGUAGGCUCUAAAGCCCUUGUGCAGAUGGCAAGCAUUCUUCCUUUAAUUGCUUCAUGUCCUGAUCUGAAAGCUAAGUGCUUGUAUCUGACCGGAAAAAGCCUUUACUUGCUCUCCCUGAAAAUUGAGCCCCUUAAUAAAGAAAUGUACUGGAACGAAAACUUUUUGGAUGAAAAGAGAAAAGCUGCAAUAAACAAUGAUGAUGGCUUAGAAUUACCGUCCGGCGAUUUGCAACUUACUAGUAGACAGCAAGAUCAAUUAAAGAAAAAAUCUGUUGAACUUCAGAGAAAAAGAGCUAUUGCCCAACAAUUCCUGGCACAGGCAAGUGAGAUAUCGCUUCAGUCAAUCAGCUGUGCGAUGAAUAACAACCUCAUGACUACUUUGGCAGCAGCGAGUCUCCAGAUCUCUUUAUGUCUUGGACGGUUUGAUCCAGUUGCCGCUGGACAAUUCCUAGCCCUUUAUCAGAGUUGUUCAACAUCUAUGAUGAUAAAAGAUCUAUUGUGCAGAGCAAUGUAUAAUACCAGUAACUCACAGUUUGCAGCUUUACUACAUCUUCACAAAUGUCUACAGGAGAAAGGAAACCUGGGGAGUCUAUACAAAAGUAUCGAGCAGAGACUUUGUGCUACUUCAAAGGCAUGGGAACAGCUUCAAAUUAGCACAACAUUUUUCAAUGUAAUUAAUGAGAUGCCUCCAAACUUCAAUAUAAUUGUACUUCAACACUCUGGAGACAGAUCUUUCUUGUACGGUGCCGUUCUUGAAAAGUCAAAAGCAAACUCUGCACAAAAGGGAAAAUUCAUCCAACACAAAGGCAUGAGCGCGCAAGUUGCUGGAUGCGCUGUGGAUCCAGCCAUGUUUGUGAACUUGUUGGAUAGGAUGGAACUGUUCAAACAAGAUAUGCUGCAGAUUCUCCAUAAAAGGGAAUAUCAACAAAGUUUCACUAGACGGAAAAACGUGUUUGAAAAUAUUCAAGAAAUCAACAAUAACAGUGGAAUGAAGGAUGAUGAUCUUUUAGAAGAUGAGAAUAAACUCUUUUCAGCCUUUACUGAUAUCGUACAUGACAUGGAAAAGUACCUAAACCCAGUGCUGCAAAAGUUUGACUUUUCUUCAUUUCGGCAGAUGUCUCCAUUGCUCUCGGUUACUGAGCCAGGUAGAGUGAAAUCCAGACAAAGAGAGGAAAAACCAUCAACACCAUCAUGUUCAUCAGUGGAAUUGGGAGAUUGUAUUUUGUUACUGGCAGAUCCAUUGCUUAUGGAGUUACCUUUGGAAGCACUGAGUAUGUUCAAGGAAGAAGGGAUAAGUUCCGUUUCAAGGGACUUUUCACUACAAUUGCUUUACAACAGAAUUCACAAAGAACAACAACCAGCAGAUGGUGAUGUUAAGAGAGAUGUAAAGACUCCAAAAGACCCAAAAUCAAAAGCAGAACAAAAAAAGAACAUAAAACAUGUGCCCACUAAUCGUGUUCUGCCACCAAACUGCAUGUCUGUCGACACUCAUCAAUUUAAAUAUAUUGUUGAUCCUUACAAUGAAGCAAGGGAACCAGAGGCGUACAAGCCGAGCAGUAAAAUUAUCGAGAUUCUUGGAAAAUACAGCCAGCAAUAUACUCCUAACUGGGAAGGGAUUAUAGGCAGCUCUCGCGUCCCCAGCCAUGCUGAAUGGGAAACCUUGAUGACCAACUGCAGUGCUUUUCUCUUUUAUGGAACAGAACGUUUCUUGGCUCAUAUAUUGCUUGACAGAUUUGUUGCUAUCAAUUUUACAGAGUGUCAGCUACUGGUCCUUCUAGAUAUGGUGAGGACACAUCACAGCUUUUCAAGGAUAUCAAUGGCUGAUGUACAAAAAAGUGCAUCAUUCGUGGCAUUGGAAAGACCAGUAGAGACUGCCAUGUUGUUCAGCGUUUCCGGUUUUCGUGCUGUCAUGCUAAAUCAAUGGUUUACAACCCUUGAGCAGAAUGCUAAAAAAAUAGAUUUCUUGGCAGAAAAUCUCUUAGAACAUGGAAAGACAACCGGGCAGACAGUUCAAAGUUCAAGACAACCUGGAAGGGAUCCUGAACCUGUGACAGGAAUAAAUAUAGAUGACAAUAUGCCUAAGGUAAAGCAAGAAGAUGUUUCUCUAAGCCUUUGUGACUUAAAACACACUCCAGAGAACCCGUCCAUUUUCCGUUAUGUCUUAUAUGGUCUACCUAAUUUGAUUGUGAUGUGAUUUUUUUUUCUGUCACACAAGAAAUUAAUAUUUCUUUGUUUUAAUAUUUGUUUCCUUAAUUUGCCUUAUUAAUACAAGAGCAUUGUAUGACUCCAUGUUCCCUAAACUAUUAUUUUUCAAUAUUACUCAAACAUGUCAUUUUGAAAGUGAAACAUGUUUUCUUAAAUGUUAGGAAUGAGUAUAAAGCCAGUCUAAUAUUUGUAAUCUAGCAGUUUCAGAGGAUCUAUUGACAAUAUUUAUAUGAUUAAUGUUUAUACUUGUUAAACAAUUAUUGCUCUUUUUGCAUUUGACAAGUUUGUUACAAUACAACUUUACCUUUUAUGGGAUAUACAUUAAAAUAGAUGCUACUAAAUGUCAAA